AUGUCGACUCCAUCCUCCACGAGCAGCCAGGAGCUGGCUCCAUACACCGGAAGCCUUGAUACAUAUGAGUUCCCCACGCACCGUUUGAAGCGGGUGAUGGAUGAUCCAAGCAAGACGCCUUUAGUAUUAGUCGCUGCUGGAAGUUUCAGUCCGCCUACUUAUCUUCAUCUUCGCAUGCAAGAAAUGGCUGCCGACUACGUGAAGUUCAGCACAAAUUACGAAUUGCUGGGAGGGUAUUUAUCGCCAGUAUCAGAUGCUUAUAGGAAGGCAGGCUUAGCGAGUGCCGAGCACCGUCUCGCUAUGUGCCAGUUAGCGGUUGACGAAUCGUCCGAUUGGCUAAUGAUUGAUCCCUGGGAGGCAUUACAUAAGGAAUAUCAGCCGACUGCUGUGGUCCUUGAUCACAUCGACCAUGAGAUAAACGUGGUGCGCCAGGGUGUUGAUUCCGGCAAUGGCACUCGGAAACAGGUCCGAGUGGCUCUAUUAGCUGGCGCGGACUUGAUUCACACUAUGUCUACACCAGGAGUAUGGAGCGAUAAAGAUUUGGAUCAUAUUUUGGGUCGCUACGGUGCCUUUAUUGUUGAACGAAGUGGUACUGAUAUUGACGAGGCAUUGGCCGCUUUACAACCAUGGCGGGAUAAUAUUCACGUCAUUCAACAACUUAUUCAAAACGACGUUAGUAGCACCAAGAUCCGUCUCUUCCUCAGGCGUGAAAUGAGCGUUCGCUACUUGAUCCCAAUCCCUGUGAUACGCUAUAUCGAGCAACACCGCCUCUAUGAAGACGAUGGUGCCGGCAGCACGACUUCAAUCGAUAAGGGCAAAGGAAAGGAACAGGCGGUGGCUACUGCGGCCUAG